AUGGAGAAGGAGUGGAGGUUGAGAGAAGAAAAGCGUGAACAAGAGAUGAAUGUUAUGAAGGAUGCCAUCUCCGAGGCAGUAAAAAGUGUUCAAUUUUCGAGGAAGAUAACAGGACUUGAGUAUGAGGACCUUUGCAUGCAUCCUGACUUGAAAAUACCCGAAGGUUACAAAAUUCCAAAAUUUGAAACCUUCAAUGGUAUUGGCAAUCCCAUGGCUCACCUACGAGCUUAUUGUGACAAACUCGUGGGUAUCGGGAAAAAUGAUGUAUUAAUUAUGAGGUUGUUUAGUAGAAGCGUCAGUGGGGAGGCGUUAGAAUGGUUCACAUCGCAAGAACUCCGUCAGUGGUCUACAUGGGGGGCUCUGGCCAAAGAGUUUUUAGAAAGAUUCCAGUUUAAUGUCGAAGCUGUCCCUGACAAAUAUUAUUUGGAAAAACUCAAGCAAAAGACCACGGAGGACUAUCGUGAAUAUGCAUGCCGCUGGAGGAAAGAAGCUGCAAAGCUACAACCUGUGAUGACUGAAAGCGAAAUAACCUCUGCCUUUAUUCGAGCUCAGGAGCCCGAAAUGGGAGAAGCCAUAGAGGAUGGCCUCAAGUCUGGAAAGGUUGCAAGUCUCACUGCCUUGCAGGCCGCUAACAAAUCCUCACCAUCCAUAGCCACAGGAUUCGCUAGGAAAAAGAAAGAGGACGUGUCUGCUGUAUCUUUUAGCCCGAGGCCAAGGCCACAAAGGUAUUUUGGGUCUGGUUCUGCCAUUGGAAACUCCAAUCGAUUCCCCACCUCAAAUAUUUACCCACUAUCUCCACAAACUCCAAUCCCAAUCUACUAUGCACAACAAAACUACCAAGCACCACCGCCCAUAUACCAAAAUCAACCACUAACUUACCUAAAUACAUUACCAAAUCACCAAGCCAAUGCACCAGUCUACCAAAAUCCCGGACAAAACAACCCAAAUGCCAACAAUCUACCCCGUCCUAACCUCGAAAGAAAGCCUCCCAGAGUUUUCGCUCCUUUGGCAGAAGCACGGACCCAACUCUUUGAGCGUCUAAGAGCGGCAGGACUGAUCCAACCAGUAGACGCAAGGGCAAUUAAUCCCACAACAAAGUUCUUCCGAGCAGAUCAACGUUGUGCAUACCAUUCUGGAGGGGCAGGACAUGAUACAGAAGGAUGUAUUAAUCUAAAACAUAAGAUUCAAGACUUGAUCGAUAACAGGGUCAUCACUCUCCAAGCCUCUGCCCCCAAUGUGAACCUUAACCCAUUGCCGAAUCAUGGAGGAGCUACCAUCAACAUGAUUGAAAGAGACAAAGAUUGGCUUGCUAAUGGGACUAUCGGUGAAGCAGCUAUCAACUCAAUUAUACCAACAGUGGCAUCAUUGACCAUAAAGGCCCGUCCAGAGUUUGUUGUAAUAACUACACCUCAUCAAGCAUUCGCUCUAACAAAGGAAAGCAACAAUGACCAUCCCAAAAAGUUUGUCGUGUAG